UUCUCUACUGGAGCUGACUUCUUCUCUACUGGAGCUGACUUCUUCUCUACUGGAGCUGACUUCUUCUCUACUGGAGCUGACUUCUUCUCUACUGGAGCUGACUUCUUCUCUACUGGAGCUGACUUCUUCUCUACUGGAGCUGACUUCUUCUCUACUGUAGCUGACUUCUUCUCUACUGGAGCUGACUUCUUCUCUACUGUAGCUGACUUCUUCUCUACUGGAGCUGACUUCUUUUCUACUGUAGCUGACUUCUUCUCUACUGGAGCUGACUUCUUUUCUACUGGAGCUGACUUCUUUUCUACUGUAGCUGACUUCUUCUCUACUGGAGCUGACUUCUUCUCUACUGCCUUCGACUUCCCCACUGCCUCUGACCUCAUUUCUACGGUAAUUGAGCUCUUUCCUUCUGCACUUGACUUCUCCUCUGCUGGAGCUGGCAAGCCUUUAUUUGUCCAUGAGACCUAA